AUGAGUAGAAACUCGGAAACGUCCGCCCGCCAGGCGUUGAACCGGCUCGACGUACUGCAGUCUCACCUAACCAGCCUUCCUACUCCCGCUGGUCGACUUACCAAGCUAUCCCGCUCACUAGCCGGUCGCAAAGCCAUCGUCACCGGCGCGGCAUCCGGCAUGGGCAGAGAGACGGCCAAAGUAUUUGCAGACGAAGGCGUGCAGGUCGCCGUCCUGGACCUGACUUCGGACGGCGUGCAAAGCGUCGUCGACCAGAUCAACGCCGUCCAUCCAGGCCGCGCGCGAGGUUGGGUAUGCGAUGUCUCUGACCGCAAUCGUAUCAAGCAGGUGAGUAAAGAGGUCAUUGUCGCUUUUGGCGGUCUAGAUAUCUUGGUCAACAACGCUGGCGUUUCACUCGGUGGUGGCGCCUUUGACGACGACGACUCGUUCGAAACACGCUGGGACAAGACGGUGGCCAUCAAUCUCGACGCUCUCGUCAUAUUCAUACGCGCCUGUGUCCCAGCUUUGCUGAAGAGCGAUGCUGCGCGGAUCGUCAAUAUCGCCAGCACAGAGCAUUUUGUGACGGGGCCUGGAAAUGCGUCUUACAGUGCCACGAAAUCUGCUGUUACAGGCUUGACGAGGUCCAUGGCGGUGGAGCUGGGGAAGUAUCAGAACAUCACGGUUAACACGGUUUGUCCGGGUCCCAUUAUUACUUCGAUGACGGCGCGAAUAUCGCCUGAGCUUAAAGAAUCGUACGCAAAACGGAGGGUGCCGAUGAGGCGGUAUGCCGAUCCAGAAGAGGUUGCUCAGGUAACCGCCAGCAUCUGUUUGCCGGCCUCGUCCUAUCUUCACGGUGCAACGAUACCAGUCGAUGGCGGCAUGACGAUCCGGCAUACAUGA